GCGGAGGAGGGGAUAACGGAAGCAGUUGGUCUCACAGGCGGAGUGUCCCAAAGGCGGGGAAUUUGUCAAACAUGGUUCCCUGGUGUUUGUUUAACAUUUUUGAUGAAGCUGUGACUACUGAAGCUGUGUACAGGUAUGGUUCUCAUGAGUACUGGGUAGUAUCCCACAUCAUCAUCUUCCUCAUCUUCUGCAUCCUUAAAAUUCAGCCGGAAACAGCAAAUUAAAAAUGGGACCAAAGUCGAGGCCCACAAGUAAUGGCCCAAUGGACAGGUUUCUCAAGCACAUCCAACCAGAAUGGGAAAAGCUGUCAGCUGCCUAAUUUGCAACAUGCUGCAAAGCCCUGUGAUAAACUGGCGACCCCUGCAGGGAGUACCUCACCUCUCACCCAAAGUCCGCAGGCAUCGGCUCCAGUCCCUCGCAAGCCUCUGGAUAAACAGGAAGAGGAGUCAGAUGAAAGCUAUUCUCUCCACUGGUGCUGGGGUGACAAGAAUUUCAAAGAGCGCGGUAAAGGAGGAACUGUCGAGGACUUGCUGAAGAGAAAUUCAGAGUUUAGAAGAAUUGCAGAAAAGAACAAAAACAAAGAGCUUAUUAUAGUAAGAGAUGGAAAAGCUAUCAGUUCACACUUUCCCUGUAGCUUGAUUAAAAAUGAUCCACUGACUAUCAAGUUUAUCAAAGCUGUAGACCAUCCAAAGCAAUCGGUUGGUGGUUCUGUUCGUCCUCAAAGAAAGAGGCCAUCUGGCGAGCUUGUGAUGUUUCAUGUACGGACAAAGGGAGGUAAAAAAGUAGUGAAUAUCAUGAGAAACCCGACACUAAAAACAGACUUCAGUGAAAUGACUGUUUAUGCAUACAAAGGCGAAAAAGUGAGGAAAGCUCUGAGAAGAGAUGGUCGUUUAAAGGAUCUUGUAUUUAAGAAGAACUGUGUGCUCUCUCACACGAGCACUGACGCAAACACUGGGAUGUCCAGCCUUGUUGAUGAUCUUGAUGGUGAGACUUUCAAGAUCAUAUUGCUCAAUGACUCUUGUCCACCAGAAAGUCAGCCCGACAGUCAGGAUGAUGCUUACAUGAUGCAAAAUGAAGCUGAGAUAUCUGACCGUAAUGGAAACCCAGAUCCUUCAAAGCAGCCAACCACCACAUCUAAAUCAGUGAACGACAACAUACCAAAAAAGAAACCAAAGCUAGAUGGUAACAUGGCAUCAGAAAUCAUAUUGCAUGAAAUUCCCAAUUCAAAAAUAAUGCAGUGCCACCUGUCUUCUCAGUUUCAAGAUGUAGUGACAGGAAAGAAAACGCUGCAAGGAUCUAAGCUCUCUCGUAUCCAGAAUCUCUUCCGUGUAGAGUUUGGAAAGAACGCUCAAACAUGCAGGGAAGUGAAAACAAUGAAGACACUGAUGGAUCUCAGUAACUCUGUUUGCCAGGUCAGAAUAAAUAACAGACCAGAAGGAAGUGGUUUUCUCCUAUUUGGCAAGUUUGUCCUCACAAAUGCUCAUGUAGUUAAAGGCAUUUAUAAUGAGUACACAGGGCAACUUAAUGAGAGAGUCACUGUCCAUUUCUCUUAUGAAAGUCUAAACCCCAUGGAGUCAGGAGCAGCAGUGGAAGAGGUUGUUGGAUUUGAAUACGGUCCUGUUGUGUCAAGCUACGAGUGUGACUGGGCUUUGUUGAGGGUCUAUGCUGAUCAGACAUUACCUGAUGCUCUGUUAAAGCGCUUUGGAUUUCUUCCCCAAAGUGGUGGGAUCUGCAUUAUUGGGCAUCCUGAUGGUGGUGUGAAAAAGAUAGAUCCAUGCUUGAUUAUUCCGACUGAAAUCCGAAACCAGGUAGUAGAGAGGCAUCACAGUGAAAAUCCGGAGGGCGUUCUGCCGGAAAACCGUCACUACAGUGAGAACCAGCAGCCCAUUCAGAUGAUUACUCAGCAGUUCUUUGAGGAUGUGACAGAAGAUGUGCAACAUAUCAGACAGGCUCUGACUUACGAGUCUUGCUUUUAUUUUGGCUCAUCUGGCUCUCCAGUCUUUGACGAGCACUGCAAUGUGGUUGCAAUGCAUUCAGGCGGAUAUGCCUACCGCAAUGCAAGAGGUGAAAGGCAGAGUGUCAUAGAGUUUGCCCAUCCUUUGUCCUUCGUUAACGAACGCAUCGUUCUCCAAAUGGUGGAAAGAGGAAGGUUCGAUGUGUUAAGAGAGUACCUGGCUUGCAGUAAUCCACGACACCAAAACACCAUGACCAGUUUAAAGAAACUGGUUGAGAGCAGAAAUCUCACAGCAUUUAAAAAUGCAGUCAACAAUUCACUGGCCACAGGUGACAAGAGUCUGAUGACAUUCUUUAAAUUCUUCUCUCAGAGAGAGGAACCUGUCCCAAUGGACAUUGAUGAAGUGUACACAGUCUAAGUGCUGACAGAAGAUACAGUGUGAGUUCCUCAGAAGUGUCACUUGGUGGUGGUUGUGACACGUCUUUAUCAGCUGAUAUUAGGGAGGCGUGACCAUCCUGUCACUUUUGACGGGACGAUCACGUCACCUGCUGUCCGUCCGCCGCCUCUCCAGGACGCUGCUCCAGGUGUGGGAGAGCAUGUAUGCCCCCUCGUCCCGUCAAAACUGACAGGACGGUCACGCCUCCCUAACAUCAGCUGAUUGACAGAUCAGCUGAUAAAGACAUGUCACAACCACCAUCAAGUGACACUUCUGAGGAAGGCAGAAGUUUCUGCCAAAAUGAUAUGAGAUAUGUAACAUCCUAACACAUGUCUGAGAUAAAAGAACAACCAAAGUCAUUAUCAGAAACUAAAGACAUAAUGAACACCAUUGAACCAUAAUCAAUCAGUUUUAAGAUAAAGGAAAUUACGUCGUGAAAAAACCCCAGUUAUAACUGCAUCGCACUCUCCCGCUCUAACCCUCUAACUUUUCAAAACUACACAAAUAAUCCAGCCAUUAAACUCUAUUUUCAGAUCCUGAACAAUAUCUCCAAUCCCACACUUACUGCACUACUUCCAAGUCACAACACAAGACAGCAACGACUAGAUCAGUCUCGCAUGCACUUAUUCCUGUACCACCUUACAAUUACAAUUACGGUCAGAGAUCAUUUUGUCACAAUCACACUAAGUUUUGGAACUAGAUCCCACACUACAUCAGAGCAAUACCGUCUUUUACACAUUUCAAACACAUUUAAACACUAUCCGAUGGAAGGAUGGACCUGCAACCACUGAUUUAAAUCCCAUAUCCCAUUUUACUCACUCCAUUUCAGUCCGCUACUCUGCGAUGUCUAUGUAGCUGCCUGUGUUUUGUUGUUUUGCCUCUGCUGAUUGUUUCUGUUUAUACUUUGUAUUGUAAUGUGUUUUUGUUACAAAACAGGAACCUGCUGCAAACCAGUUUUUAACUGAGUCAGGCCAGUUUGAACUGUAACACACAAUGGUACAUUUAAUUCAUUUCCUGUAUAAAUAAAGAAAUGAAACGAACAAAUAAAUAAUGAGGAUUUUACAGUAUCCAAUAAAGUGUU